AUGUUGCGUUAUUGUGUUGUAUUUGCGGUGGUCGGCUGUGCGCUAGGAACCCCUGUCGCCCAGUACCAAGUACAGGAAGAAGGUAUACCACCACACCUGCUGAGACAGUACAUUGGCCAGGGACAGCAGCAACAUGCUCCACGACCGCAACAGGCUGCACCAGCUAGACUACCCUACAACGCGCAAAGUGAAGACCAGUACCAGGCGCGACCUCAAUACCAGCCUCAGCCCCAAGCUCAACCACAGCCUCAAUACAGACCCCAACCUGAGCAGCAGAAAGACCCAGAAGACUAUGACCCUAGCCCCUCCUACCAAUUCGGUUUCGACGUGAACGACGACCAAUACACAAACUACCAGAACAGAAAAGAACAGAGGGACGGUGAUGUUAUCAAGGGAUCCUACUCUGUGGUAGACAGUGAUGGCUUCAUCAGAACUGUCACUUACACCGCUGACCCGAAAGAGGGUUUCAAAGCUGAGGUGUCUCGCAAACCCACCGACAUCGUAAUCAAGUUCCCCACACCCAAGCCUCAGACGCAAGAAGUUCAGCCACCCCAAAAACAACAGCAAUACGUGCCGCAACAACAACAGCAAUACGUGCCGCAACAACAACAGCAAUACGUUCCACAACAGCAACAGCAGGCUCACCAGCAACAACGGCCACAGCCUCAACAGCAACAGUAUUACCGUUAUGAAUAA